AUGGUGGAACACGACCCGGUGGUGGGAGAGAAGCGCCGCGAACGUGAAGAUGACGUCGCGUCUCUUGACUCUCAGGCCACACAGGACGAUGACAUCCACGACGUCGUGGCCAAGAUGAAGGAAACUGUGGGUGUAGAUGUCGCGUUCGACGCGGCGGCGGCCGCUGCAGCAGUCGUUCCGCCUCCGGAGCCGCUGAAGACUGACUCAACCACACCCGUGCAGGACGCGGUGGCUGCUGCGGCUGCCGCUGGUGUUGGCGUCGACCCGAACGCGACUGCUAACGUCAAGUUCGACAGCAAGCGCAUGGCACGCGUUUCGUUCAACUCGUGGUUCGACUUCGACUCGUAUUUUGAAAUGUACAUGCAGGAGACGUUCCAGCCCUUCCGCAUGCGUUCGUCCUGCAGUGUCGAGGCCUACCGUCGUAAUCAGCAGAAGGUCAUGCUUAACAACAAGAGCUCGCGUGGUCGUCGCGCAGAGUUCCCGGACGAAGCCAUCCAUCACCACCGGAUAUACAUGUGUACGCACGCCAUGAAGGCGCGUUGCCGUGGAGCCAACACCCGUCCCGGACAGAAGUACCGCGGCAUCGGCUGCAUGGCCAAGAUCAAUGUUAAGAUCACCCCGGCCGACAACCCGUCCAAGUACAUGGUGAUCGUCACGGACCAGGUGGUGACGCACAAUCACCCAGUAAGCCGCGAGAUCUAUGAGGCGUACCCGGACGUACUGCUCAAGAUGAUGCGACGUAGCCAGCUGUCCCAGUCGAUGCUGGGUCACCCGCCUCCUCCCAAGUUCGAGACGCCUCAGCAGACGCAGAAGUAUGAGCGGGCAAUGAACACAUUCCAGUCCGUCGCCGAGACGAUGGCGCGACUGAGCGACGAGGACUACGAAGCGCAGCUUGGUCAGCUGCAGCGGCUCUACACGCCCGCCACGGAGCAAGACCAAACGGUCUGA